AUGCUCAACUCGUCUUCAUCGAAAUUCGCCGUACUCGUAUUCGCGCGUAGAUUGUCGUCGUCGCGUCUCGGCGCCGGCGUCGUCGACUGGUCGAAGCCCGGACAGAUAUUGUCCGUCGAGGCGAAACAUUCGUAUCGAAAGAAUGGGUUUCUGUUGGUUCGCAAUGUGCUCAGCAAGAGCGACAUCCAGUUUUUCACCGAUCGAUUUUUGGCGCUUUGCGAACGCAAAAUCACUCCGCCCACCGGAAUGCUCAUCAUGAAGGACGUCUCAAUUGCAAAAAAGGAGACGCCCGAUUCGGUGGACACCAUCACGAAAGUUCAAGACUUCACCGAGGACGAGCUCUUCAAAUAUUGCGAGCACGAGAACAUCACCAAAAUCGUUCGCGACCUUAUCGGAACUCCCGCCACGAAUUUGCAAGCAAUGCACACGAUGCUCAUCAACAAGCCGCCCGACACCGGCUCGCUCACCUCACGCCAUCCGAUGCAUCAGGACGCCUACUAUUUCAAUUGGGAGCCGCAAGACCUGACGUGUUGCGCGUGGACGGCCAUGGAGAAGGUCACACAGAAAAAUGGCUGCUUGCAAGUUGUCGCUGGCUCGCAUCGCAACGGCCUUCAACCGCAUGCUUAUCCGGAAUGGGAAGGUGGCGUGAACAAGGCCUACUAUGCAAUUAAGGACUACGACAUGAGCCUUCGACGACAGUACGUUGAGAUGAACCCCGGCGACACGGUUUUCUUCCAUCCAUACCUUUAUCACGGCUCGGGAGCGAAUCGAUCCGGCGGUUUCCGAAAGGCGAUUUCGUGCCAUUACGCCAACUAUGAUGAAUGCCGCUAUUUCGACGCCAAGGGCACACUUCUCGAGGAGGCUGAAAAGGAAAUUAUUGAAAUAAUGAAAAAGAACCCGAAGCGAUACAAGCUCGCCGAAGGUCAAAAACUUAAUUUUGAGCGAUUUUGGCGAAAUCGUUCGGCGCCGGUCGGCCAUAGUGGACGAGAAAACUUGUAA